AGCCAAUCAGGACAAGCAGCGGAGACUUUCGAACAACCGGGAAGCGAAGCUUUGGAGUGGAGAAGUUGGAAACAGCAGUAAAGAGUUAACGGCCGUAGAGUCCCCGAGAGUUGCCGCGUGCUUGCAGCCCUGCAGUGAAGAAAAAGGCUGUUGGGGGAAAGAACUCGAGCCGCGCGCCCAAAGGGAUGUUGAGUUGCGUUCGAUUUGCUUAAAGUCGCGGGCGGUCCCUCGGGCAUGCGGGCAGUGGUUGCGAAGAGCACAGUCGGAAGGGAACGGAGGAUCUUCUCAGGGGUUGAUGUCAGGUCUAUAGUUUCUUGGAUCCAUUUUCCAGUCCUCUGCUGGUUCCCCAGUGCUCCAAAAUCUUUGAAAUAUGGUUCGGUGGCUCCAAGAUCAUGACUUCCAUCUCCUUCAGAACUUUGGAAUGUAAUCUGUCUGGCCCAGAAACAAUUUUGGUGAGCCAACCAAGGCACUGAGUUCACCCAUAGGGUUGAGUCUCAGAAUAGUCAAGCUCUGCUGUGAUUGGACCAUUUUGCCACCAAAUGAUGUCUCAUCCUGAAAGGUAAAGAACAAGGAACUUUAUGCAAUUGGCUGUUUUCUUGAUCCCAGCUCAGAAUCUGAUUUGAAUGAAAUAUGGCGAAACCUUUGAAAAAGUCAUUUAAGGAUAGUUUGGAAGAUAUAAAAGAACGAAUGAAAGAAAAGAGAAAUAAAAAAUGGGCAAGCCUGGGUAAAGCAAACCAAGUUUUACCUAUUAAGAGUAAAAUUGCAGAUAAUUCUAUGGCACAGUUGAAAAACUUACAAGCAAAUAAUCGUGCUUUAGCUUUGGCUUUAGAAGAAGAGAGGAGUAAAAUGAGGGAAGCACAAGAUAUCAUACUGUGUUUAAAGAAAGAAUAUCAGAGCUUGAAGUUUCAGAAUUUUGACCUACAAAGAAAGCUUAAGUUACAGCAAGAAAAACAACAUGCUGAGAAUGGAUUCAUGGUAGUGAAGAAGAUUAUUUCUAAAGUUGUUCAAGAUCUACUCAGUGCAGCAAAUAUUCUUGAUCCCUUAAAUGAUAUCUCUACUGCUGAUUUUAAUACAAUUCAGUAUAACUCUGAACAUGAGGAAUGUGCUUCUGGAAGUUUAAAGAAGCCUGAUCCUUUGGCACUUCUAAAGCACAUCCUUGCUGUAGAAGUAGGUAAAGAAGAUGCAGAUGAAAUACAAGAUAAAGUGGAAAAACUUUAUUAUUCAGAUUCUGAUUUAAAUUUCUGCGAUGACAUUGAGAAUAUAGCUUCAGUGUCUCCGACAGAUACAGGUUACCAGAAUUAUUUCUGUGAAGAUCAUCCAGAUCAUGUAAACUCUGGGAGCAGAAAUAUUUCAGUUGAUGAAGAUAAGCAAACUGAUUAUUCUGUACCUAAAAAUGUUUCUACCCGUCGUCAUCAUUUAAAAAUUAAUUCCCUCAGUGAAGUCUUUGAAUCAAAUGAUGGCAUUCCAGCUAUCAGUGCUGAUCUUUCAUGUGCUAAGAAUAAUAAUGAAAGUUCUGAAGAAAUAUCUAUUAGUCAGGAGGACAAGCAUAGUGUAAACAUUGAUAAAUGUGAAUCAGAUAUGCAAAUUGAAUCUGAUAAAAGUGAAUCAGAUACACAAAUUGAAAAGGCCACAGCUUUUUCAGAACAAAGUAAUUUUAAUAAUACUGGUGGCUUUAAAACUAAGAAAGGGAAGAAUCAGAAGAGAAAAUUGGUAACCACAAAAAAUGUGUCCAAGACAAGAUCCAAUAAAGACAAAAACUACAGUAAGCAUGCAGGACCUAAACAAAAAGCAAAUACAUCCAUUCGUUCCAAUGAUGCUUAUGAUUUUAUUAGUGAAGAGUCUGUUCAUAUAACACCUUUCCGGCAAAACAAACAAAAUGAUCAUGUUGAUGACAAAGAGUAUACAAAAGAAAGAGAAAUCUGUAGUGGUGAAUCAUCUGUUUCCGAAGAAGAUCCUGAUGAUAGUCUCUAUGUGCCUUACUCAAAAAAAUCAAAAUCCAAUGAAACUUUAAAUUCUGGAACAGAUGUAAUCCCACUACGCACAAAAUCACGAUCAAAGAAAACUGUGUCUGAGCAACUUAUAAAUCCUGAGGGGGAAAGCAGGAACACCAAGACACUUGAAUCUCAUUUGGAUGAAUCAUCUGAGGCACUUCAAAAACAUCAUCUCAAUGAUAUUACCAAUGCUGCAUCAACUUCUUACCAAACAAGAAUGUCUUACCUAGCCUUCGGUACUGCAGCAAAAGAUGCUAGUUACCAAAGAUGUAGAAGUACUAGUUAUGUCAGUUACAAGGAGCCAAGUCUCAGUGGGAAACUCAGACGAGGAGACCCGUUUACAGAUACCAGCUUUCUGAACUCUCCUAUUUUUAAAGAGAGAAAGAACAUCAAAUCCAAAUCACUUAAUAAAAAAUUGCUGUCCAGAUACGACGAAACAUUUGUUGGUUAUUAAGAUAUUUUUCAUGGAGUACACUUAGCUUCUCAUUUAUAUUAUGCUGAAAGUAUAUUAACUAAAAUUUUGGAGAUAGAGCUUUUGCAUAUUUCUGAUCUAGAUUUAUAAAUACUUUGAUAAUAUUUUAUUUCACACAUAUACCGCCUUCCAGUAUUUAUCUAUUCAGAAAGAUGUGAAUAACCUAUUAUCAUUUUAAUAGGAGCUACUUCCUGAACAUGAUAGAAUAGGUUUAAUGCAGAUUAUCAUUUAUUUGAUAACAAAUGCAGUUCAUUUUAACAGUCUGUCACUUUCUGAACUAUUACUUAUAUGUCAUAAUAAAAUUUUGAAUAAUUUUGAUUAAAGGUAAUUUGGUUUAAUUAACAAUACUAGCAUGUUUUCAGCCUCCAUGUUCUUGCAACUAUUCUAACAGUUUGUAAAAUAUAAGCUGAAUAUGUUAACUUGUAGGUUUAUUAGGAAUUAGGAAUGAGUUCUUAAUAAAUGUGAGUUGGCUUAUAUUUCACAGCUAUCCAAUUUCCACAUUGUCAUAAGUCUUUUGUGAUGUGAUGUAUCUCAAUGCUAGUAUUUUUAUUCAUUUAUUUCAAAGCAACUAUUAGGCUUGAUAGCACUUACAACAAAGAGAAAGAUAAGUAGAAACCUAUACGUACUAGUAUUUACUUUUAAUAUAAGAAUUUUAACUAAUAGUUAUAUCCAAAAUUAUUUUUUUCUUGUCUUUUAUGUCUUUAGAUUGUAAGCCUAUGGUAUCAGUGAUUUAACUAGUUUUUUAAGUACAUAUCUUUUAAGAAGAAUGUAAAAGUCAAAUAAAUAAUAUGUUUUGAUUUCACUUGUAUUAAUCUGUAUGAAAACUAGAAAUUCCAUUCCAAUUUGCUACUGCACAGUGAGUUCCAGUUCUUAUUACCUGAAGGUGUUAUAGCAUGCUUAUAUUCCAUUUUAUAAAAUGAGAGGUACUCUACAAACAAUGAGUAUGUCUGGUAUUUUUAUAUGCAAAUUACAAAAUAGCACACAAGAUCAAUGUUAUACAUAUAAUUUAAAACCAUUUUAUACCA